GCUAGGCGCCUUUGCUAGCUUGCUCCUUGUUUCUCGGAGUUCCUGUGUUAGCCCCUGCUCCCCCAGAAGCACCCGUCUGAGCUUCUUGGAAGGCGUGAAGGGAGAGCCAAGAUCUAGAUAUCUAGUUAAGGCUUCCAGACCUCUUUUGCAUGAAGAUGAGUGUUUGUGCCAGGAUAAUGUAACUGGAGGAUCCAGGUGUGGGCCAGCGUGACCAUGGGAGCCAACACUUCCAGCAGACCGCCAGUGUUUGAUGAAAAUGAGGAUGUCAACUUUGACCACUUUGAAAUUUUGCGGGCCAUUGGGAAAGGCAGUUUUGGGAAGGUCUGCAUCGUACAGAAGAAUGAUACCAAGAAGAUGUAUGCGAUGAAGUACAUGAACAAACAAAAGUGUGUAGAGCGCAACGAAGUGAGAAAUGUCUUCAAGGAGCUCCAGAUCAUGCAGGGUCUGGAGCAUCCUUUCCUGGUUAAUUUGUGGUACUCCUUCCAGGAUGAGGAAGACAUGUUCAUGGUGGUGGACCUGCUGCUGGGCGGGGACCUGCGUUACCACCUGCAGCAGAAUGUCCGCUUCCAGGAAGACACCGUGAAGCUCUUCAUCUGCGAGCUGGCCAUGGCCCUGGACUACCUGCAGAGCCAGCACAUCAUUCACAGGGAUAUGAAGCCUGACAACAUGUUGCUUGAUGAACAUGGGCACGUGCACAUCACAGACUUCAACAUUGCCGCGAUGGUGUCCAGGGAGAUGCGGAUCACCACCGUGGCUGGCACCAAGCCUUACAUGGCACCAGAGAUGUUCAACUCCAGAAGAGAAGCAGGCUAUUCCUUUGCCGUUGACUGGUGGUCCCUGGGAGUGACGGCAUAUGAGCUGUUGAGAGGCCGGAGACCGUAUCAUAUUCGCUCCAGUACUUCCAGCAAGGAAAUUGCACACAUGUUUGAGACGGCUAUUGUGACUUACCCUUCUGCCUGGUCACAGGAAAUGGUGUCACUUCUGAAAAAGCUACUUGAGCCUAAUCCAGACCAGCGGUUUUCUCACUUGUCCGACCUUCAGAACUUCCCGUGUAUGAAUGACAUGAACUGGGAUGCGGUUUUGCAGAAGAGGCUCGUUCCAGGUUUUGUUCCUAAUAAAGGCAGACUGAAUUGCGACCCCACCUUUGAACUCGAAGAAAUGAUUUUGGAGUCCAAACCUCUUCACAAGAAAAAGAAGCGUCUGGCAAAGAAGGAGAAGGAGAUGAGGAAAUGUGAUUCCUCUCAGGCGUGCCUUCUUCAAGAGCACCUUGCGUCUGUCCAAAAGGAGUUCAUAAUUUUUAACAGAGAAAAAGUAAAAGGGGACUUUAAUAAAAGACAAGCAAAUCUAGCCUUGGAACACACCAAAGACCCAGAAGAGGAGGAUGGCCAGAAUAACAACCUGUGAAGUCCUCAACAUCAUCUUCUUGGGACAUUGCCUGGUACCUCAGGCCAGGAGCUUCCGGUUUCCACGUCACAAAGAGCUGACAGUACUUCUCGCCUCUCCACACCUCACACACCUUGGAAAUGUGAUAAACCUUUGGAAGGAGGCAGAAUGACACAGUGAGGAGUCCCUGGGCUCCUGGGAACUAGUUUGACGACUAACUGUGACCUUGAGCAAGUCACUAACUACUUUCUCUGCUUUGGUUUAUUCAUCUAAAAUGAGGUUAUACUAGAUGAGUGCUACGCUGCCUUUUUACUGCUACAAUCCUGUUAUUCUAAACAGCCUUUAUUUUUAUUUUAAAAGGAAUAUUUGGAUGUAGAUUUAUUUUUCCACUCCUUCUAAUCACACUGUGACAAAUGGGCAAAGGGACAUAGGUGGGUGAUUGAGUGAGGCCCUUCAGAGCUAGAAAACUUCCGAAAGAGGUCAGAAUCCCCCAGCCCAAGUGCGUAGGAGUAAAGAAUUCAGUCUGGAGGAAAUGACCGGGACCAGAUGAGGAAUAACACAGACUAAUGAGGGCCUUCCAGUGGUGUGCUGGAGUCAGCACACCACAUCAGCUUGUGACAGCUAGCAAGAGCCAGCUGUGCACAUCUGUCCCAAUGCCCUGUACAGUGAUGCGAAGUCAGGAAGUUGAAACUGGUGAUGAUGGGAGUAUUUAUACCAUGGAAAUUGGCAAAUGCUACAAAUCAGGGCUGUUAGUUGUUAAGUAUUUAUUAGCAUACUGCUCACCCUCAUCUAAGCAUGUUCCCUGAGGGCUAAUUGUCCACUUAAGAUUAUCAGAGGCCUGUGUCUGGAGAGGAUCAGAAAAGGAUAUUGAUUGCCACAUUGAAAGCAUGUCCACCUUGUAGUACAUCAGAGUUGUACCUUUGUACCUUACCCAGGAGUUAUAGUCGAAGUUAGAAUGUGAGGUGAAUUUGGAAGAUAGUAAAAUUGACCCGUGAGAAAUCCUGUAAAUUACCCCUAACAUAAGGUGGGUAUCUUUUCUUGGAGAAGCCCAGUAUAGUCAAUUACCCUUCAAUAAUGAAGCAAGUCAUUGUUUUUGGUUAGUUUUGUCUUUUAUUUUUGGUCUCAUUUUUGGCUAAUACCAAAUGAACUAAAAUGUUGAACAAAUUAUACCUGCCUUUACAGACUAGAAUUACCCUUACGGGGUACCCACACAUCUGAGAGGUCUAAGGUCACGGAGACUGACUAAGGGAGCAGCAAUACUUACUUGUGCUUACUGCAAGAAUGGUGGGCAGAAUUGCCUAAUUAUGUAAAAUAUUCUUGAUAUCUCACUCUUUUUCUGUAUAUUUUAUUUGCCAAAAACAAAGUUUAAUUCACCUAAAUGAGAUGUGCGUAUGAUGUAACUUCACCCUCCUGAUACACAGAAGAUCUUUGCAGAGGAACUAUUUUUGGCAAUUUCACAUGCCCUAGGCAGAGAGUCAAGAAGUGGACAGGCCUGGGGGCGGGCAGUGGGGAACUGUUGUAACCUAUUGGCCACUUGGACCACCUAACCCUUGUGCUUACUGAUGGAGAGUAUGGGUCUUACCAAGAUGGCAGUAAGCUGGCAACAGGGAAGACCAGGCUGGGGCCCAUUUUGGGAAGCCAGACAGAUGGAAAUAGGCAGGAGAAGUAACAGAGAUGGCUGCCUGCUACAGAGGACUUUUCUAGAAGUGGGGUUGCACCGGGACAACUAAACAUGGGUAGAAAGCCUGUGCUGAACUUUAACACGGCAAUAGGCCGAGAAUUUCUGGCAGAGCUCUGAAACAGUGCCUCUCCACUUAAGAGCAACUAUAUUUUUGUUAAGAAUUAAAAGCCAGCUCUUUUGUUCUAUUUGUUUGAUUCCUUUUCUCUAUAUUUCCUGCACAUUAUUUGUCUAAGCCAUUUUGUUUUUCUCUAAACACUGUAAGUGUUGGCCUUGACUAAAUUUCAUAAAGAGGGGGACAGGUUGACAAGAAUGACAAGGUGACCAGAUUCUGCUCCAGGUUGGUAACCCCAGGAGUGUCAGCAGCCACUUGCAUGUUUACCAAUGUCCAUCUUUCAUUUGUUUGAUUGCAGCCCUGAUGUGCUGGGGAAUUAUGCACUCAGUCACCUGCUUCUUCCUCUUGCUGUGACCCUAUAUGUAUCAUCUCAAAGGAGAGACUUUGAGAAACAGUUACCAAAGGGCAGUGGGGUCAGGAGGGUCUCCACUGCGAGGAGAACUAAUCAUUUGUGCCAUUUCAGAUCUAUGCAGUUUAUAAUGGGAUGGGAGCCCAAUACAGUCUCUGUAGUUUGAAUCCUUAGUUUUUAUUUCCGGUGACCUGCUUCUAAGCCUGAAGUACCUCUCUGGGCUUUCCGGAGCCCGGGAUGCACUGACUAGCAAGCACAGCCGCACAGGGUCCUACUCACGUUACAGGCCCACAGUGUGUUUCAAGGUAGAAAAGAAAAAGCACCACCUCUAUCAGUGUAGAACAAUGCUUAUAAGCACCCCCUACCACUGGAGAUUUUGAGCAUUAGGACAAAAAAAUUUUCCAAAAAAUAAAAGGAUGCCUAAAUCCUUACCAUGAUUGCUAGUUUCUUCAAUCAGAUCCUUUGGUUUUAUUCCGUAACUUCCACUAAAAGUUACUAUCCUACUUGGUAGAACAUGUCUCUUCUAGAUUGGUGACAACCAAGGCUCAGGGCUAAGAAUUUUAGAAAACAGGGUGACUGUUGCAUCCUUUUGUCUGGUAUUCCUGGACUCUUUCUCUCCUAACAGCUUCCUCCUUUACCUGUGUGGAGCAUCUGAAAAGUUUGAGGUUUUGAAGACCAGAAGCAUCCUGAUUGUAACACUUGUACUGCAGCAGGGCCAUCCAGCCCAGUGCAUUCACAGCGACCCCUAGGGGAUGGGUGGGGCAGCCCUGCCACCCUAACACCAUGGAAGGAAAUGCUAGGCUGGCACAGCUCAAUAGCAGCACUGGGUUUGGCUGAGGGCAUUGCUAGGGCAGGAAGGAAUGUCAAGCAGCACAGAGCACUCCUGAAUUAAUUAGGGUAACUGAAUUAAUUAGUGGUUAGGCUUCUUCUGAUAGGAAGGAUUUAACCAGAAAUGACUACUUUAUAUCAUCCUAGCUUUCCUAGAUUGGAUGGAUGAAUAUCUAACUAGGGAGAAAGAAUGUUAACAUAGUCAGCAGGACCCCGUGUUGCUGCUUUUGGCUGGCACAGUAAUGCUAAGGCUUAUAUUCUUCAAAAUCUGAAUGCAAAGGCGUGAAAAGCAUAGUGCGCUUGUUUCAGUAUCCAGUUGUCCCUGCACUCUGUCUGCACCAAAUCCUGUUUCCGACUCUGUCUGCCUGCAAUUGCUGUUUCUUACAAGCUCAAUGCAUCUGAUAUUAAACAUGGAUGUUAAAAAUCCAAACUUCAGUUAUCUAUGCUGUUGUCAACAGGCAGCCUUGGAUGGGAAAUGCGUGCUUCUGUUGAGCUGUGGCAUUUAUAAUGUAAAUGUGCCUGCGUGCAUUAAAAUGUCUUCUG